CGGAACGUUUCUCAUUCGUUUGGACAUGGGCUCACCAGGGAGACCCUAUUAUCCUCAGCCCAUAAACAUUAAACGUCUCGCCGACGAAUGUCCGUUAAAGAAUGCUAUCGUGUGCCACCGUAACGCGGCGAGAGGAGAGACUCGAGUUUCGGUGUUGGCAGCUUACCGAGAUAAUGGUUGGGACAUUCACAUCGGAUAUCGCGCGAGUGAGACCUUGCCGUCGGGCUCCGUUAAACGGAGACGAAAGUCUGUCGUCUGUGGUUGUAUAAUCAAUGCGCUUGGUUUUAAUUAUCGCCGGAGAAACGCGGCAUGAAUAACGCGUACUGCUGCGAAGACCGGUUCGAGAGAACGAUCUCGUCGACCACGACUGCUGCCUCGCCCGUUUUCAAGGAAUCGUUUGUAAAAAGGAAUGUGACCUUGAGAAUAAAAAACGAUUAAUUUCCACAACGAAGUUAAACGAUUAAGUGCAAGUGAUAACAUUAACUUUUUUUUGCCACGUCAUUCCACUAAUUAAUCACACAGUUGUUGCAUUUACUAGUAAAUAUUUAUCCUUAUCUAUUGAAUUUUUUAAAUGAUCGUAUAAUUGUAUUAAACAGUUUUGUAAAUUGUAUCUCCAUCGUGUACUGUAACAGUCAUUAAAAAAUCAAAGUAAUCCUAUGUAAUGAUGAUUCAGCAAAUACAAGGCAAUGUUGUUUCACAUUAUGGAAUCGCCACUUAUGUGCAAAUUACUGAAAGUUAAAACGCAGCCGCUUCCAUAGUUUAGUUUAGUGCUCGUGUGACCGCCGGACAAUUCGCACCGUCUUUCGUAACGUCACUCACAUAUCGAGCUAUAUCUAGUUCCGGUGACUACAUACAUUAUUCAAACAUAUUUCUCUAUUACGUUUGUACGUUUGUACGUCUGUGCGUUAUCGUCUUGCCUUUAUUGAUAUUAAAAACUUAUCGAGUAUGUACGUGGACUGAUAUUUAUACAGAGUGUUUCGAAAACGACGAAAACUGACUCAUAAAAUAUAUAUGGAUUUUUUUAUUAAUUUAAAAAGAAGAAAAGAAAAAAAUUAGCGUAAGUAUUGAAUGAAUUAACAGAUUUCAAUUUAUAUAUUUUUAUUAAAAACAAAAGUUUAAAAAAGUUUCAUAAAGUUAUAGAAUUUUUAGAUAUAACGGAUGAUCAUUUUGAAAUGUGUAAAUAGGUAAAGCGAAUGCUGCAGUAGACACAAUAUCAAUGUUUUAAACUAGACUUUGUACAUUGAUAAGCAUUAAAUAUAAAAAAUAAAUAUUUAGAGUCAUUUUUUUUUAUAUAUAGUAAGUUUUUCAAAAUUUAGAAUACUAUCAAUCCGUAUAGAGAAUACGGCAUUUGCAAUAUGAAAAACUUAAGCAAAUUAUUUCGUUUAGUAAACAAAUAUAUUUAGCAAACAUCUGGCGUUAAAAUUGAAAAAUCGAAAUCGAUAUCGGAAACUAGACAUUGCUUAAAAAUGCGACAUUGAAAACAAAUUUGCGCCUGAUAGAUUAUUUAAAACAUUAAUAACGAAAGGAAUAAAUGCCCACUUUAUACAUCGUAAAGUUUGCACGAGCGUUUCCAUAUUGUUUUGUCUUACGUGGCAACUGACAACAUUGUGAGAGUUGUAUAUAAUACGCGCGGUCGUGUUAUCGUUCGUAUAGGAACAACAUAUUUAUUAGCGUUAUUGAGCAAGGCAGUGAAGCCUCGAACUAUUGACUUUACAAAUGAGCGACAGUGUACUUCUUGGUCUCCGACCGUCGAUGUAAUCUCGCGUCGAUAGCGUUGAGCGCGUCUAGAAAGAUUCGUGGAGGAGGAGUCUGGGUAUCGUGCAGUCUCUCAUCGCCGACGAUUCGAUAGUCGUCCUCGAGCGGUUGAAUGUGCGAGCGAACGAAACCGAAUUGGUGAUUAUCGAUACGAAAACAAACGACGAAAACGGCGACACUGGCGCAACGAUUUAAAACGUGAUGGUCAUCAAUGUCAUCGAUUCGUUAACCGAGGUCACAUUGAAUAUUCAUAACGAUGGAGAUACGCGUACGAUAUUUGUUCGCUGUAAUGCUGUGCAUUGCGAACAUGAUUAUUUAUGGUCUGAAAGUGAAUAUCGCGACGGCUAUCAUCGGUAUGGUGAAGAAAAAACCAGGUGUAAUAGAUUGGUCGGAUGAGUGUCCAGAGUUUGAUGUUCCUGGAAAUGCCGUCACCGAUAUAGACGGUCCAUUCGAUUGGACGGCAAGCCAACAAGGUUUGGUCAUUAGUAUAUACUUUGCUGGAUAUCUCGUCGGUAUGUUUCCAGCGGGAUAUUUGGCGGAUCGGUUCAACACGAAGUGGGUAUUGUUAAUCUGCGUGCUGGCAAAUGGAAUCUUGACGAUAUUGGUACCGGUCGUGGCGAGCGAAUUGUACGUACUAUACGUCGUAAGAUUUUUGACCGGUCUCGUGAGCGCGGCGAAUCUUCCUAUAGUAAAUGUUCUUCUGGGAACAUGGGUCGUAUACGAGGAGAAAAGCACGUGGGUCGGCAUCAUAUACGCCGGAACGUCGCUCGGCACCGUGAUAUCUAUUCUUACCUCGGGAUUGAUAUUAAAUUACGUGGGCUGGGAGGCUAUCUUUUACAUCCACGGAACGUUACCGCUGAUCUGGUGCGUCGUCUUUUUUAUAUUUUUCGCUGGUUGUCCGGAAGAACAGAAGUACAUAACGGAGCAGGAAAGAUCGUUCAUCGUUAACUCGUACGGCCAUCGUACGCCCGGCUCCGCAAAGAUGAAGAUCCCGUGGAAAAGUAUAUUUACAUCGGUGCCAUUUUUGGCCUUGAUUGUUACGAAUACUUUAGGCAACUUCUGUUGGUAUUUCUUGCUCACCCAGUUGCCGCUUUACAUGAACAAAAUAUUGCGAUACGAUAUCACAUCGAAUGCCGCUAUCGUUUGCACGCCGUACCUCGUGAACGCCUUCACUAAUCCAUUAAUCGGAAAAGUUUUAGAUUGGGGACGGAAAAAGGGAUUUUGGUCACAGACGGUUGCACGUAAAAUUGCGGUGUUUAUAAGCACCAUACCACCUAGCAUCUUUCUCGCUAUAAUCGCAUAUAUCGGUUGCGAUCGUCUGACAUCGACCGUGCUCCUAACUUUGAGCAUAGUAGUCUGCGGUGCUAUAUUCGUUGGUCAUCUUUGUAAUCAGAACGAUCUCGCCCCGAAUUAUGCAGGAAUUCUCAUGGGCAUUACAAAUACUCCGGGCACUAUUUCCGCCUUUAUUCUGCCACCGAUAGUUGGUGCUCUCGUAGCGGAAGGACAUACCAUCGCGCGUUGGAGGGUCGCAUUCUGGAUUACUAUCGUCGCCCAAGUUUUCGCUUUCGUGGUAUUUGUGAUCUUCGGAUCAGCCAAAAUUCAACCGUGGAAUUAUCCGGUGCCGGAUGAUGAAAACUGGGACGCCGACGAGGGACAACCACAAGGACAGCGGGUGCAAGAAACGAAGACUUAAAUUGAUCACCUUUGUAGUUCUUAUAAAAUCAAGAGAAGUAUAUAUAUUUUUUUACAAGAAUGUAUCACAUUUAAUGUGCAUAGAUGAGAAAUAUUAUUUAGAUAAAUUUAGAUAAAUUGAGUAAGUUCAAUAGUAUAAUUUAUCGUAAAAUCAAGAAGUUUGCGCUAUUUUUUAUAACAUUCCUUACACUCGCUUAAGUCAACUCUCUUUUUAUACUUUGAUAUAUCUCUUGAUAGAUCUUGUUAACUAUUGUUCUCGACGAAUCUCCUGAGAUUAAUUAGUGGAAGUAAUAAUUAUAUCAUUUUAUAUGUUAUAUUGAUCUGUAUAUUGAUAAUAUCUUGCAAAAUAUAUUUCAAGAAGUAAUUCUUUGCGAUAUUAUCAAUACUAAA